GAUUAACUUUUCAAAAUAGUUAGGAUAUUGAACGAAUUCAAUGCGUUAUCGAAAAACUUCAAAGUAUUUCCGACAAUUUACAUAAAAAAAACUGAAAGAAGCAUUCAUACUAUGACAUUCUUUCGGUAAUUGCAUUCUCGAUGCAUUGUUAACUAUAAAACUAACAAUAAUUAGAUGGAAAUAAUCACUCAAAUAUCCUACCUGUUGAUGGCUAUUUGUCCAGUUAGCAAAAUAAAAUGAUGACAAAGUAUAUUUUAACUUUUAUUUGUGCUUUUUUCUGCAAUACUCUUGGCCACGAACAACCCAGAGCUCACUCAUUUGAAAGACAUCAUCAAGCAUCCCAAUCCUUAAGCUCCUACUACACCAGAACGAACCAACAACAGUGCAGCUACGUUUGUCCAGUGCCCAGUCCUUCACCAGAAAUAAAUGAUCAAGGCGGCUUUCUAACUCUCAUCUUCAACAAAGAAACCCAAGUGUACGCUUUGGUCAACACCACAUCGCAAGUAGCCAUUGUGUUUCAAAUAGGGCAACCCAUAGCACUGAUAGCCAAUGGAAACACCGGAGCUUCAAUUGUCAUCAAUAUAAAAGAAAAAACUGUAGUGUACUAUCCAGCUGGAGCCAAUCAAAAUCUCUGGCAAGCAUCCCAACUUGAUUUAGUCGACUAUCUUAACGAUCUAGGUCCACUCACAAAUGUUAACAACUGGAACAACGGCCAAAGCUCCAAUCUCACCUCCGUACCAAAAGAAGUGAAAAAUAUUUUGAUCUCCAUCAUCAAAAAAUUGGACAUCGAGAUUGCAAUUAGGGUGAAUGUCAAUCCCGACUCCAUCAUUUCUUUGAUUUCUGUUUUGAUCAAGGGCUUAUUGGAGUCCAAAAAUGUUAUUCAACAUAUUUGCAUCGUUAUCGAAUCUCCAGUGAUUGUUAUCUACGGAGGACUAAGUAAACUAGUCAACUUAAUCGUUGGUUUGGAUGCCAUUUCGAAAUAUCUACAAGGUGGAAUACAAUCCAUUAUUAAAAACGGUACAGAUAUUGCACCAGUAUUGGGAGAAAAUUCUGGAUUUAAUAGUCUUAUCGACUUUCUCCUACAAACAUGUGUCCAUGCAGAUUUAACGAAGAUCCUUGGUAAUUUGCUGAAAAGGCCAGAUGGGAUUCUAAAACUAGUUGUAGAAUUAGAUCGGGGAAUAUAUUCUGGAAUAUCUGGCAUUUUUGCAGUUGUCUACAAUGUACAACUUUACGCAACUAAAAAAAUAUCUUUAGAAGCGUUGAUCGAUGUGAUCAUUCAAGUACAAGCAUGUAAUGCACAUUUUAAGAUAGCUAAAAAGACCCUGAAUGAAGCACUUUAUUGGUACUUCAUCUUGGCCGAGUCCCAAAAAACUCAAUUCCAUACUGAGACCUCCUGGUUAACUUUAAAUAAAUUCUUCCAAGAUAUAAAAGACGAUAAACUGGUAAUAAAAGGAAUAAACGUAUCAGCUAUCAUUAACGAAUUAAUAUCCACAUCAGGUUCCUCAUCUUUGUGCAAUGUAGUGAAGGUCUUACGACAUCUCAGUCCAGCAGUCUCCUUAUCUAAAAUAAUUGCAACAUUGUACUGCAGGUUUGUUCAUUACGUAGUAUUCGGACAUGGUCUUAUAUUCAUCGACAUUUUGUUACCACAAAUCCCAAUCAAAAUUGAUUUCGCGUCAAAGACAAGCAUCCUGAAACAGAUACUGUCUAAAGUUAACGUGGGUCAGAUCGUGUCUUACCUCUUGAGAUUAGAUGUGGUAGGUGCCAUUUCUAGUCUUCCAGUAUUUGGUACCAUCUUGAAAGAAAUCGAUGGAGGCAUCAAAGAUGCAGGAGUGACUGCUGGAGUUACAGUGGCUUCUUCUUUGAAAGCGACCAAUUCUAUUCUGACCGAUUUGAAGGAUUUAAUAUUGUAUGGUUUGGGUCGAGGAGUCAAAGCUCCUGUAGAUUUAGGAGUUGCUGGCCUUUCUGUUCUUGGUGGUGGGACCUCUGUUAGCAUUACAACCACGUGGACUUCUUCUUCAUCGAAAGUUGGAUCUGUAGCUUCUGGAGGUGGUUCGUCUUCUGGAGGCUUGCUAGGAGGCUUCUCAUUAUUUUAAUACUAGGUUAUUAUAAUUUUAGGAAAUUCUGUUGAAGCAGUAUCGUGUUAUCUUAGCUUUAUUUUUGUUAUUUGAUAAUAGUUACUGGACUUUUUGGUUGGGAUAUUAAUCAAUUAAUAAUUAAGUCAGUAUUUAAUUAAAUCAGUUCCAAGAAAUUUUUGUUAUAUCUAUUAAAUCUAUAAAAGUUGAA